AAUUAGGAGUAAUUUUGUAAGCUGUGCAUUCACCCUGAGGUAUCUUACUCAGAGAGAGCAGGGUAAGUCAGUUAUUUUGGUAUGUUGGAAUUGCUAUCAUGUGUAUGGUUUUACUGUCACCAUUUGAGAAACAUUAAGACUUAGGCUUUGUUAAAAGGAUCCGACCCUUUAUUUGAUGUUUCGCCUAAAAUGACAUACCCAAAUUAAACUGCCUGUAGCUCAGGACCUGAAGCAAGGAUAUGCAUAUUCUUGAUACCAUUUGAAAGGAAACACUUUGAGGCUUGUGAGAAUGUGAAAUUAAUGUAGGAGAAAGUCGCUCUGGAUAAGAGCGUCUGCUAAAUGACUUAAAUGUAAAUGAGAAAGUAACACAUCAGAUCUGGUAAAAUAUUAUACAAAGACAUUUUUUUAAACCUUUUUUUUCUGUAACAUCAUCUUUGAAAUGCACGAUAAAGGCCAUAAUGUAUUAUCCCAGAUCAGGCACAAUUUAUAUUUUGUCCACUACAUGGCAGCAGUAUAUGUGCAACAUUUUAGACUGAUCCAAUGAACUGUUGCAUAUCUGUUCUAAAUGUUGUAUCAACACUGACCAAGUGUGCCUAAUUUGUUUAAUUAAUACAUUGUCAAGUUCAUAAUUGUGCACUCUACUCAAACAAUAGCAUGGUAUUAUUUCACUGUAAUAGUUACUGUAAAUUGGACAGUGCAUUUAGAUUAACAAGAAUGUAAGCUUUUUGCCCAUAUCAGAUAUGCCUAUGUCCUGGGAUUUUAUUUGUUACUGAUAAGGUAAUUUAUUUUGAAGGUAAUGACUAAAGAAUUCCACCCUGAAACAUAAUGAUUAGAUUAUGUAACAUAUAUAAUGAAUAAUUAGACAAACGUAACUAUUAGUAAUUAUUUGAUUAUGUAACAUGUAUAAUGAAUUAUAAUGAUAAACUUCAGUCUAAUAAGGUUUGGUCGAGACAAGUAGAAAUGUGGGUGUGUGAUUAAGAAAAUACAGAGAACAUUUAAACUGUGCAUGACCUGACCUAGAUCUCUGAGAAACUUGUGGCAGGAAAGUGAGUCCCGUCAAGGUCCCUCUAAUCUCGGGAGGAUGGAACUGCCAGCUUGGUAGUGAUAAACGAGUGAGACACCGAAAACCGUGCACGGGCGGAUUAAAUAUCCGUAGAAUAAAGACCUGUCCCCAUUCGGAGGGUUCUGUACAGGCCGGUAGCAAACUGGUAUGCGACAGAAACGGUGACGAGAUCCAACCAACAUUGAAACCUCAGCUGCAAUUAAUAAGAUGGAGCUGCCACCUCGACCAAAACUCUUUGACUUCCAUGGAGUCUCCAUGACCAACUACUUCACCGGCAACUGGGACAAUGUACAGAACUUCCAGGCCAGACCAGAUGACAUUCUCAUCGCUACCUACCCCAAAGCAGGAACCACAUGGGUCUCCUACAUUCUAGACCUGCUGUAUUUUGUCCAGACAGCCCCUGAGCGUCAGAGACCCAUCUUUGAGAAAGUUCCUUUUCUGGAGUUGCUCAUUCCUCUUUACCCUCCAGGGGUGGAGGUGCUGGACAAAUUAACCACCUCUCCUCGCCUCAUCAAGAGUCACCUCCCAAUCCAGUUGCUGCCCAAGUCCUUCUGGGAGCAGAACUGCAGGAUAGUGUAUGUGGCCCGUAAUGCCAAGGACAGUGCUGUGUCUUAUUUCCACUUUGACCGCAUGAACAGGACACAGCCAGAGCCAGGAGACUGGAACAACUUCUUACAGAGAUUCAUGGAUGGAAAGAUGGUGUUUGGUUCGUGGUACGACCAUGUGACUGGCUGGUGGGAGAAGAAACAGACUCACUCAAAAAUCCUCUACCUCUUCUAUGAGGACAUGGUUGAGGAUACGGGGAGAGAGCUGGACAGGCUGUGCUUCUACCUAGGUUUGUCUCCUUCAGCAGAGGAGAAGGAGAGGGUGAGAGAAGGAGUGCAGUUUGAUAAUAUGAAGAAGAACAGCAUGGCCAACUAUUCCACCCUCCCAAUCAUGGAUUUCAAGAUCUCUCCAUUCAUGCGAAAAGGAAAGGUUGGUGACUGGAAGAACCAUUUCACUGUGGCCCAGAAUGAACAGUUUGAUGAAGACUAUAAGAAGAAGAUGAAGAACACCACCGUACAGUUCCGCACUGUAGUCUAGGAGUUGUGGUCAAGUUGAUUGUCUGAUUGUUUGCAGUCAGGUUGAUUGAUUGUUUAUUUGGCACAUAUGGACCUACGAUAGGCUCAGCUGGGAGAAUAGAAUGGAGAAUAGCAUUAUUAAGCAAUAAGCAUUGUUUUAUGCUGUUUCAAAAAUAUACAUACUUUGAAACUGUAACAAUUCCUAUUUUUAUACUGUAUACAGUAUGACUAAACGUAAUACAUUGAUGUUUGUUUGAUUGUAUUUAUUUUUACAGGGACAGUGCACAUUAAUCAACGUUUGAGUAAAAGUUCUGGUUUUAGCCAGCCGGCUAAUUUUCAACCGCAGUCCCUGGGCAGGUUAUUAAACACAGUUACAAUACAUACAAUCAAUGAGCAGUGAGCACACGCAGAGCAACAUAGGACAAGCAAGACGUAGCAUACAGACAGAGCAACAUAGCACAAAAAGCAACAAGACAAAAUCCAUAAAAGCAACAAAGUGUUUCCACACCUCACAAGCUACAGGCAACAGACAACAUGGAAAGCGGCAAUACACAGCUUGUCACGGCCGUCGUUAAAGAAAGACAAAUGUGCAGCGUGGUGAGCAUACAUUUUCUUUUUCUUUUGUAAAAUGUCAUCAACAAAACAAGAAAUAUCAAAAACGACCAUGAAGCUUACAAGGGCUAUAGUGCCACUAACUCAAGUCAACUUCGAACAAAUAACAAAAGGAAAAAGGUUACCUAAGUAUGAUUCCCAAUCAGAGACAACGAAUGACAGCUGUCCCUGAUUGAGAACCAUACCCGGCCAAAACAAAGAAAUACAAAAACAUCGAAAAUAGAACAUAGAAUGCCCACCCAAAUCACACCCUGACAAAACCAAAAUAGAGACGUAAAAAUCUCUCUGAGGUCAGGGCGUGACACACCUAGGGAUUAUGUUCACCAAUCUGAUUGACCUUUAGCCAUGUCUUCAUGUUUUUUUGUGAAAAUGUGAUACGUGAGAGUCCACACAGUAACAAAUAUGUAAAUGGAGAAGAGCAUUAUUAAGCAUCAAGCAUUAUUUUAUUCUGUUUCAAAAAUAUACAUACUUUGAAACUGUAACAAUUCCUACUCGUAUACAGUAUACAGUUUGACUAAACACAAUACAUUGAUGUUCAUGUUCAUGUACUUGUACUUAAAAUAUUAUGAAAUGUCUAUAUGACCCAAAGCGGUCAAAGAGCCAGUAAUUUGCACAUACACACACACACCCUCCACGUUUCACAGCUGUCUCAGCUAUAUGUUCACUAUGCCUGACACUUGCACUGUAAAAAGGGGGAUGGGGCUGUUGUUCAUCUGAAGUGCUUCUACUGUUUGGAAUGAUAGAAAAUUACACUUUGUAUCUUCCAACCUAGUUUAUUCAAUUUGCCUGAAAUCAAAUAAUGUAUUUUUUAGAUCAGUGUGAUUUUUGUUAUUUAAUGAAAGCUUCUAAAUGGCUUCCAACAACUCAUGUGCAUGCACAUUGAAUAGCAGCAGGGGCAAUGUAGUGGUGACAGCUUAUCAGAAGAGUUGGAGGUGUGGCUAAUGGGGGCUUUUUUUCCACACGUGAGAGUGAAUGUCAUUCCAGUUAAUGUGGUCUAUUGUAAUUGAUAUUAAAUGUUAAACUUCUACACUGCCAGCAUCUGUAAUGAUACUUAAAUAAAUGCAC